GUAAAUGCGGCACAGAUGGACUAUUUCUCGAGACAGCGCUCAAUCCCAGACUGGCAUCAGCCUCUGAUGGAGGUCCAGACCACCCUAGUCCUUGGAGUCGGUGGAAUAGGCUGUUCCGUGGCCAGAAACCUAUGUCGUCUUGGUGUGCAGGAGGUGAUAAUUGUAGACUGCGAUACAGUGUCAGCCUCAAACGUCAAUCGUCAAGUACUCUAUUCCACGAGUGAUGUUGGCAGGAGCAAGGUUUCAGCAGCUCUUGAUGGACUCAAGCCACACUGCAUUAGAACCAAGUUGACAGGUGUUGAGUUUGAUGCAGUAAAAGAAUGGGGCAAGAUUGUUGAACUGACUAAAAGAUCAAAUGUUGUGUUCAAUGGUAUUGACGUGGGAGAAUACUUUGACUAUGCAGUCACAUCUCUAUGUGUCACUCUUGGAGUGUCCUAUGUGGCUGCCAGCUCCUACGGUCACACUGCAGUGGUGGACUGCUACCCUCCUCCUCUCCUUCCUAGGGAUGGUCCCUGCUGGGCCUGUAAUAACUCUCCCAACGACAGGGACAUCUUCUCUCAGCUGACACCAAUCCACAUCACCCAAAUCUCUUCUCUGUCCUUCCUCCCUAAGGACACUCACAUGCCAGCCACACAAGACGUGGGGUCUUCGGUACUGGUAGCCACCCUCGCUGCAACCCUUGCCACGGGGUCAUGGGUCAAUAGUCUCCACGGCUACCAGCUGCCCCAUUGGACCACCUGCGACUUUACCACUCUCUCGAUGACAUCGUUUCACGUGGAGCGCUCUCUCUCCUGCCUCAUCUGUAACCAGGCCCCAAGGUACUCCCCUACUGUGCUGGAUGUGUACUUUGGACUAGAGAAAGUGCCGCUGUCCAGAGUUCCUGGCAGGACUCUAACAAUAUCACCUGCUGACUCACAGGCUGCUGUAGAGAGCGAGGUGGUAUUGAAAUGAUUGGAGAAGUCGUACCCACAUGGUGGUGACUCAGAAGCUGCUGCUGCUGUCUUUCUACCAGUGGACCCAGCUACUGACCCUCACACUGAUGAGAAGGCAGUUGCUGAAAUAGAUUUACCAGAGGUCCUGCUUCAACCACUGCUCAAGACUGUAGAUGGUUCCAUUUCUGCUAUCGUCAGUGGUCAGCGGUCAGCUAUCCUCCCUACUCAUCAAGGAUGCUACAGGAUGAAGGGGUGUGGAUGUUACCUGGACAAGGACGGCAGCAGAGUCUCUUUCCCAGCUUUCCCAGUCCAACAAAUGGAGAGUGCAGAGGGCAAGUGGGAGGUGAGGGGCUGCUGUUUCAAACACACCUCUCACAACGAACAGCACAUGUGUGAUGUUAUAGCCUCGGUUCUGGAGAGAGGGAGGGAGGGAACAGAUCUCUCUGCCUUUGGCACUACUCUAUUCCUGGAGAGCCUGUGGAUGUGGUUCCAAAAUACUGUGGAGUGUUUGAAGACUCUCGGAGAGCGUCGACUUCCUCUGACCUUCUCCCCGGUCUCUCCCCCUCCUCCUCCCCUCCCCUCCCCUCUCCUCCCAUCCUCGCUCUCUUUCCCCCUGACCGUGUCCUCACACACUGCCAAUGGCCAGCCCUCAAAUACUACCAACCUGGUCAGCCUGUUGCACUGGAGGACACAUAAGAAGAAGGAGCCCGUCACCUGUGCCACACCAACCUCUCCAAGAAACUCAGCCCACCUUCACCCCAGAGUGGUCUGUCAACUGACUCCUCGGGGAAUGUGUCGUACAGUCAUGGUAUGAAGACCUCCUCCCUCUGAGUCAGGAGCGACUGGUGCACCCAUGGCUCUGUGCUGGCCGCAUUGUACUGGAGAACUUGGCUGGGAAGUGGGCGUGGUUCCUCUACCCUGGAACCAAUGGGAUUAAACUGGGGCUACUUCUUUGACCACAAAUCCCCUUUGAGCCCACUGCAACCAGCACCCCAACAACUUUGUCAUCCUACCUCCUGGACACGAGAACCAUCCUUUGCCCGGUGGACUUUGACCUGGCAUUCACAGCCGACAGAAUCGUAUCUCCCGACACCGGGACCAACGACCAGUCUCUGUUCCAGUCGAUUGGACUGGACUCGGACUGACUGAGAUGGCAGAGGGCACUGGGAGGAGAGGCUGUCAACACUGGAGUGCUCACCAGUGCAAAGGCAGACCUGUCGCCAAGCCACUCAGCGUUGGAGUGGGGUCUAAGGGACACACUGGUGUGUGGCUACCGUGAAGCUGUGUCCACUCCAUCCCGUCAAGCUCCUCCUCCUCUGUCUCCUCCGGAAGACCAUGGACAGUCUCAUCAGACUUGCUCUCAUUGAUGUAUCCUCGAGGCCCAUAGAGCAAUAUUAUGUGCACACAUCACAAACUACUAGUGUUUGCGAUGCGUUAUUGACAUGAGAUAAAUUUUUAGUUUGCUUGGUAAAUGUGAAUAAAAAUUAUAGUUUCAUGCUAAACUGGAUGCUGCUAGCAUAGUUAAAAAUCUUUGAGUCUUAUUUCCGCAAUAAAUAUAUGUGAGUAGCGCUUAAUUAUUAUUCA